AUGAACCUCAACUUCACCUCGCCGGUUCACCCGGUCCCCGCGCCCCGACCCACCUCCUUCUUCAUCGAGGACAUCCUGCUGCACAAGCCCAAGCCCCUGCGGGAGGUUCCAGCCGAGCACUUCGCCGGCUCCUUGGCCUCCCGCGUCCCGCUCUUGGACUAUGGCUACCCCCUGAUGCCCGCCCCGACGCUGCUGGCUCCACACCCGCACCCGGCCCUGCACAAACCGGAGCACCAUCACCACCACCACCCCUACUUCCUCACCACCUCGGGAGUGCCGGUGCCGGCUCUGUUCCCGCACCACGCUCACGCCGAGCUGCCCGGCAAGCACUGCCGCCGUCGCAAAGCCCGCACCGUCUUCUCCGACUCGCAGCUCUCCGGUUUGGAGAAACGCUUCGAGAUCCAGCGUUAUCUCUCCACGCCAGAACGGGUGGAGUUGGCCACGGCGCUCAGCCUCUCCGAGACGCAGGUGAAAACCUGGUUCCAGAACCGGCGGAUGAAACACAAAAAACAGCUGCGGAAAAGCCAGGACGACCCAAAACACGAGGAGAACCGCGAGCAAAGCUCCCCCGAGCCGGAGCUUCCCGAGCCGGCCGCAGCUGAGCCCCGAAAAGUCCCCCCCGGCUCCUUCCUGCUGCAGGACCCCGAGGACGAGGUGGACAUCCUGGAGGACGGGGAUAUUCUCGCCGCCCCGCACCGCCUUUAG